AAUAACUGCAAGUUUCUAUGAGGCUCACGGUUUAGUCUAGCCAUCAGACAACAUCAAAGGUUACAGGGAGCUAAGCAACAGUUACAAUUAAAGUCAAACAACCUUCAGUUGUUCCCCUACCAAGUGAACCGAGUGACUGUUACAAUUAAAGUCAAGCAACCUUCAGUUGUUCCCCUACCAAGUGAACCGAGCGACUGACAUGACCAGGAUCAGGAACCUGGAGCUGGACGAUGCCCUGGAGCAGGUGGGGAUGUUGGGCAGGUUCCAGCUGCUCAUGUUUCUUCUGCUCUUCCCCGCUGCCAUGGUACACGGGGCUCGCAUGACGUCAGGUGCUUUCUUCAUGCUGGAGACUAGGUACAGAUGUGCUCUGCCGGGGUGGGUGAACGACACGUUUGACGUGAGAGCCACGGACCAUCAGAUAGCCGUCAACAGAUCCAUCCCAGCAGACGACCAGUGUCAUGUUUACAGUCUGAACAAGAGUUUUGAGUACGAUGAGUACAACCGACCAAUCAACGGCUCGCAUUACAUUCAGCCCUGCACCAACGGAUGGGUCUACGACAAGUCGCUGAUACGCAUGAACGCGCUGACUCAGCUGGACCUAGUGUGUGACAGACGGAUAUACAGAUCACAUGGCUCCAUGUUGAUCUAUGUGGGCUCGCUGGUGGGCAGCACGUUAUUGGGCCUAGUCUCAGACAGAUUUGGCCGGAAGUUGUGUUUUCUCCUCUCUGUACUCAUCUUGCUAGCCUCAGGUCUGGCACUGCCCUGGUCAAACGUCUUCUAUGUCCUGGGGAUUCUUCAGUUCCUGGUUGGUGGGGCGUCAACUGGCAUGUUCGCUUCGGCCUUUGUUAUGUCUCUAGAACUUGUGACCAGCAAACACAGGAAGAUUCCAGGUCUGACCAUCCAGGUGUUCUUUACGUCUGGUGAGGUCAUCAUGGCCGCCGCCUUCUACGGGCUGAGAGACUGGCGAUGGGUGAAUGUCGUCAUUACCGCCCCUGCUGCCGUGUUCCUCCUUUAUUACUGGUUAGUGCCAGAAUCUUUAAGAUGGCUGAUCACCAUGAAAAAAUACGACCAAGUUUCCAAAGUUUUAGCGCGUAUAGCGGCUACAAAUGGCGUGCAUCUCGAUGUGGAUUAUGAGAGUUCAACGUCCGACCUUCUACAGAGUUAUGAAACAGAAGGUGAAGGUCACACCCAGCGUGUGACGUCACACGACACGUUUCUGGAUCUGUUCAAGUCUCGAGUGUUGUGUCUGAGAUCCUUUAUCAUAUGCUUCAACUGGCUGGUGGUCAACUUCGUCUUCUACGUGUUUGUCUUGAACUCCGCACACCUACGGGCAGGUAACGUCUUCAUCACCUUCAUCAUCGGCGCAUGCGUGGAGGUCCCCGCCCACCUGGUCAGCUUGCUGCUGGUCGACAAGGUGGGCAGGAAACCCGUGCACCUGGGCUACCUCAUGCUGGCAGCACUGACCUCAGGUGCUGCUGUAGGCGUGUCGGUCAAGGUCGUCAAGGUCAAAUCAGAGCUGACAGUGACAGUCCUGGCAAUGGUGGGCAAGUUUGGCGCUGCCGGUCUGAUGGGCACCAGCUUCCUGUGGAUGACAGAACUCUGGCCCACCUCGGUCAGGAGCACCGGCCUCGGGAUAGGCUCGUCCUGCGCUCGUGCCGGGGCCAUUGUCGCACCUUACGUGGUGGGGAUGACAACAAACCUAGGGGGCGCUCUACCGUUUGUGACGGUGUGUGGGGCGACAUUUCUGGCAUUCAUCUUGGACCUGGCUUUACCUGAGACCAACAGACGAGCGCUGCCAGACACCAUAGCCGAGGCUCUUAACUUCGCCAGGUGCCCAGAUGUGAGUGUACUGAAGACGACACAUCCCACCAAUUAUGGGAGUACAGAAGAGACAACACCAUGGGAGGAUGACUGCCUCCUGUUUCCCAAGCAGAGAGAUAAUACAAGGCCGCCACGAUCUACAACCAUACAAGAUGCUGUCAUUUAUUGA